AACAGCCUUAAAUUGUAACGUAACGCCGGGUCAAAGGUGAACGUUGAGCUGGGUUUAUAUAGCCACUUAGGCGGUUUGUCUUUGCCAGAACUUUAGAAAAUGUGCGACAGUGAUGACGAAGAUUCUCCAAGUCUAUCUGCUCAUACCCUGGCUGCUUUACAGGAGUUUUAUCAGGAACUGCAACAGAGUAAUUAUGGAAGCAACUCUGAACAUGUUACUAAAUACUCUGUUGGAUCAAUCAAAGAGGAUUGGCAACUGAGCCAGUUUUGGUACAGUGAUGAUACCGCAUUGCGCUUAGCCAAAGAAGCUAUUGAAACAGUAGGAAAAGAUGGCAGGAUAGCUUGCAUUAGUGCACCAAGUGUGUACCAGAAGAUGAAAGAAUUACAAACCGAAGACUUUACUGUGUGCUUAUUGGAAUAUGAUCAACGGUUUUCUGUCUUUGGAGAAGAAUUUGUAUUCUACGACUAUAACAAGCCUUUAAAUCUCCCAGAAAACCUAAAGGUCAAGAGUUUUGAUUUAGUGAUUGCUGAUCCUCCAUAUUUGUCUGAAGAGUGCCUUAGAAAAACAGCAGAGACCAUCAAGUACUUGACAAAAGGAAAGAUUUUACUUUGUACAGGUGCAGUCAUGGAAGACCUUGCAGACAAGCUUCUUGGAUUAAAGAUUUGUAGUUUUAUUCCAGAGCAUGCUAGAAAUUUGGCAAAUGAAUUCCGGUGUUAUGUGAAUUUUGAGUCUGGACUGGACUCUUAAUAUUGCUUUUUUUAUUUUUUUGCAUUCUGUAUACUUUGUGUAUGAAGCAAAUGACAUUGAGCAUCAUAUUGCUGGAAAUACACUGCCCAAAUGAGCAGCACCCUCACACAGCUGUUAGUGUUGCCCAGAGGUAGUAGAAAUGAACAGUGGAUGUGCAUAACGUCCAGCAGCCUGAUUCCCAUGAUCUGCGUAUGAGUGUUAUGUGACUGAGCAAUUCAUUGUGGCAACCCAGAGCUAUUUAUGAAAACAUUUAGAUCAACAGAAGAUUUUUAGGGUGUGUGCAUGUUUUGUAAGACUGAUUUGGUUUAAGGGGUUGUAAUUAAAGACUGCAGAAAAAAAUGUAAAACAUCCAGUGUGAGUCAGUGGUUUUCUGUGAGCUGGGAAUCAUUGGAAGGGUUUCUGGCUUUAGACAGUGUAAGAAGAAUCUGCAUGGGUAGUGGGAUUUAUUUAUUCUGAAGCCUGCAAUAUAAGGUAAUCCUGCUGGUGCCAUUACUUUGUGUUAGUGUAAGCAUGGACAUUGCUGAAUCGGCACAACACACAAAUGUUAACAACAUGCUCUACCCCAAUUAACAAAUGCAAAUAAACAGAAAAUAUGUCACCUAAA